AUGUUUACCAGUUUUCUAAAAUCUGGUAUAAGAUCCGUGUACAAUGUUCUGGAAAAUCCCUCUUUUGCUGCUGAACCAUGGGUUAUAUAUCCUGCUAAGCAUAAAACCACUGGUAAAUUAGCUUCGGUGUUUAUUUUUGACAAAACAAAAUUUGAAAAUCAAGUGAAAAGAUUAUGUUCAAUGUCUUCAUCAAAUACAAGAAAUCCAAAAGUUUUAAUAAGUGAAUGCUAUGAAUUAAUAAAGUUUGAAAUUAAUCAAUUGAGUAAGCUAAAACAUCCACAAAUCUUAACAGUUUUAGAAGUUUUGGAAGAAACUAAAACAAAGUUUAUUUUCGCAACUGAAUCAGUUGGUGAUAAUUUAUCAACUAUAAAUGAUUUGGAUUCUUUGACUAUUCAAAAAGGUUUGUUACAAAUUAUAAAAGGAUUACAGUUUUUACAUAGUAAUGGAAUAAUUCAUAUGAAUUUGAACCCAUCGGCCAUUUUUUUAAAUCAACAAGGUGAUUGGAAACUAGCAGGAUUUAAAUUUUUGCAGAAUUUGAAUGAAUUAUCAUCACAAGAUAGAGAAAACUUUUAUAUUAUGAACAAUUCAAUAAUCCAAUUUACAAAUUUGAAUUUGAGUUUUACCGCACCAGAAUUGAUUGUUGAUUCCAGAACGAACUUAAAUUUUGCAAAUGAUGUUUGGUCAUUAGCAAUGGUCAUCUAUUUUAUAUAUAAUAAAAAACCAUUAAUUGAAGCGGAAAGUAUUUCGGAAUAUAAAGAGAAGUUUAAAGUUUUUGAGAGAAAUUUUUAUCAAAAGAGUGGAAAUUUGCAAUUGAUAAGUAUACCACAAAACUUGAUAAAUGUGUUACCAAGAUGUUUGGCAAGAUAUCCUGGUGAUAGAAUGAAUCUUGGUCAAUUUUUGGAUACUGAUUACUUUAAUGGGAAACUAAUAAAAGCUAUGUGUUUUAUUGAUGAAUUUUCUACAAAGCAAGUGGAUGAGAAAUUAACAUUUUUAGAAGGCUUAUCAAUACCCGAUGGUAAGAAUAACACUAUCUUAAAACAAUUACCAUCUUCAUUAAUUAUCAACAAAUUAAUCCCAACGUUAAUUGAACUUAUACUUCAUGAAUUAAACGUCGAUGAAGAUAAUAAUUUAAUACCACAAUCAUUAUUGAUAAUUUUAAAAAGUUGUGAGUCAAUUUCUCAACUUACAUUUCAAGAUAAAGUUUUUACAAUAUUGUUUGAUAAUAAAAAGACAUCAAAAAAGUUAUUUAAUUCAUCAAUCAAAUCUAGAAUUAUUAUCACAGAAAAUCUUCAUAUCAUACAACAUAAAACAAAUGACAAACAAUUUAUUACCUUUAUUAAAAACAUAAUAAAUUUCAUAUUUAUUAAAGAUGAUUCGUCAGAUGAUCAAAUAAAACUACAAGAAACAUUUUUACGAUACACACCUAAGUUCAUCGAGAAAAUUGAUUUUCCAUAUUUGAAAAAUAACAUUUUUCCACUUCUAUGUGAAAAUUUUAAAACAACAACUAUUUUAUCGACGAAAAUUGCUUUGAUAGAGACCUUUGAAUCUUUUGUUGACUUAAAUGUAAUUGAUAAUAUUAUUAUUACCGACCAAUUAUUCGUGAUUAUGAAGAAUUUGAAAAGUAGAGAUGAGAGAAUCGUUGGGAAAGUGUUACAAUUUUAUAAUAAGCUUGUUAAAAAUCAACAUAUUAAUUUGGAUAUUGAUGUAUGUGUCGAAAAUAUCCUAUUCCAAUGUUUAAGUUUAACUUUUAGUUGCAAUUGUGAUAAAAAUGAAUUUAACAAGUUUAUGAAAAUUAAUAGUGGUAUUCAAAAGUUAUUGGUUGAGAAAAAACUAGCCAGUUUAAGUGUAGCUACAACAGGAAACGACUUUGAAUCUUUAAUUCAGAAUCAAAAGACCGCUGGACCAGAUAUACUGGAACAAAUUCCAAAAUUAAAAAAUCAUGAUAUAAUUUUACAACCAAGAAAACCAAGUAAUAAAACUUCAAGUAUGAAAAAUGUAAACUUUCCACCAGGUUAUAAUUCGAAUAUUGUUUUGUCACCUAAACAUAAUGUAAAUAGCUUUAGCGAUAGUUUAAUAUAA